CUCGCGCUCGCCCUCCGCCUUGCCCGAGCCCCGCGAGGGUGAAACGCUUUCUCCCGGCAUGCAGCGGGAGGAGGGAUUUAACACCAAGAUGGCGGACGGCCCGGAUGAGUACGAUACCGAAGCGGGCUGCGUGCCCCUUCUCCAUCCAGAGGAAAUCAAACCCCAAAGCCAUUAUAACCAUGGAUAUGGUGAACCUCUUGGACGGAAAACUCACAUUGAUGAUUAUAGCACAUGGGACAUAGUCAAGGCUACACAAUACGGGAUAUAUGAACGUUGCCGAGAAUUGGUGGAAGCGGGCUAUGAUGUAAGGCAACCAGACAAAGAAAAUGUUACACUCCUCCAUUGGGCUGCCAUCAAUAACAGAAUAGAUUUAGUCAAAUACUAUAUUUCGAAAGGUGCUAUUGUGGAUCAACUUGGAGGAGAUCUGAAUUCAACUCCAUUGCACUGGGCCACAAGACAAGGCCAUCUAUCCAUGGUUGUGCAACUAAUGAAAUAUGGUGCAGAUCCUUCAUUAAUUGAUGGAGAAGGAUGUAGCUGUAUUCAUCUGGCAGCUCAGUUCGGACAUACCUCAAUUGUUGCUUAUCUUAUAGCAAAAGGACAGGAUGUAGAUAUGAUGGAUCAGAAUGGAAUGACACCUUUAAUGUGGGCAGCUUAUAGAACACAUAGUGUGGAUCCAACUAGAUUGCUUUUAACAUUCAAUGUUUCAGUUAACCUUGGUGACAAGUAUCACAAAAACACUGCUCUGCACUGGGCAGUACUAGCAGGGAAUACCACAGUCAUUAGCCUUCUUCUGGAAGCUGGAGCUAAUGUUGAUGCCCAAAAUAUCAAGGGCGAAUCAGCUCUUGAUUUGGCAAAGCAGAGGAAAAAUGUGUGGAUGAUCAACCAUUUGCAAGAGGCAAGGCAAGCAAAAGGAUAUGACAAUCCAUCUUUCCUUAGAAAGUUAAAAGCUGAUAAGGAAUUUCGGCAGAAAGUCAUGCUAGGAACUCCUUUCCUAGUUAUUUGGCUGGUUGGGUUUAUAGCAGACCUAAAUAUUGAUUCUUGGCUCAUUAAAGGGCUAAUGUAUGGUGGCGUUUGGGCUACAGUACAGUUUCUUUCAAAAUCCUUUUUUGAUCAUUCAAUGCAUAGUGCAUUGCCCCUUGGAAUAUAUUUGGCAACCAAAUUCUGGAUGUAUGUAACGUGGUUUUUCUGGUUUUGGAAUGAUCUUAACUUUUUAUUUAUCCAUCUUCCAUUCCUCGCCAAUAGUGUUGCACUUUUCUACAAUUUUGGAAAAUCUUGGAAAUCAGAUCCAGGGAUUAUUAAAGCUACAGAAGAACAAAAGAAGAAGACAAUAGUUGAACUUGCAGAAACAGGGAGUCUGGACCUCAGUAUAUUCUGCAGUACCUGUUUGAUACGGAAACCAGUGAGAUCCAAACAUUGUGGUGUGUGUAACCGAUGUAUAGCAAAAUUUGAUCAUCAUUGCCCGUGGGUGGGUAACUGUGUAGGUGCAGGCAACCAUAGAUACUUUAUGGGCUACCUAUUCUUCUUGCUUUUUAUGAUCUGCUGGAUGAUUUAUGGUUGUAUUUCUUACUGGGGACUCCACUGUGAGACCACGUACACCAAGGAUGGAUUUUGGACCUAUAUCACUCAAAUUGCCACAUGUUCACCUUGGAUGUUUUGGAUGUUUCUGAACAGUGUUUUUCAUUUCAUGUGGGUGGCUGUAUUACUUAUGUGUCAGAUGUAUCAGAUAUCAUGUUUAGGUAUAACUACAAAUGAAAGAAUGAAUGCAAGAAGAUACAAGCACUUUAAAGUCACAACAACAUCUAUUGAAAGUCCAUUCAACCAUGGAUGUGUAAGGAAUAUUAUAGACUUCUUUGAAUUUCGAUGCUGUGGCCUCUUUCGUCCUGUUAUCGUGGACUGGACCAGACAGUAUACAAUAGAAUAUGAUCAAAUAUCAGGAUCUGGGUACCAGCUGGUGUAGCAACAUCUUUAUCCUGUGAAGCAUAUUGCUGAGUGGUGCCUGAAAAUUGUGUCUGUCCGUGUCUCUCUCUCACUCGAAUCCACAUCCUUUGAACAAUAGCAUGCUAUAUGUAGGGCUAACAGUGAACUUCACGCUCUUUUUUUUCAACAUUUUUAUUAACAAAAGUUAACAUGGACAGAACACUGCCACUUCUUGGAAAGAAUAAAGAUCGUAAAAAGAAUUUUAAUGGUUCUUAAUGUGGGAAUUCACAACAUACUCAACUUCUUGAUUUUGUUUUCAUAACAUUUUUCACCAGAAAAUAGCAAACUUACUCUGCUGACAGAUGUGAUAUACUGAUCAGAAAUGUUCAAUUCUAACUAAAACUAAUUUGACUAAAUCUUAUGAUACAGUAUAUGAAAAAUAAUUCCAGGAGAAUCGUCUUGAUUGAGUACUAUUGUGUACAUUUCAGAAUGUACAUGUAAAUACUGUGAUGAAAAUCAUGUGAUUUCAUUAGCGAUCUAAUGUUUCUAAAAAGGCUUGAGAAAAUAAUGUUCACAAAAAAAGUGCUAACAAUAUUUUGUUUCUCUCAGCUGUUGCAAUGCUGAUAUAUUUCUAGUUCAGUGAAAUAAUUUGUAGUAACCUUGCUCUGAGGUUUCAUGGUCUGAUAAUAAAGCACUUGCAUGAGUAAAUAGUAAGUCAUAUUACUUUGAAUUUAAAAGCCCUACUAAGUGCAUGAAACACUUAAGAAUGUAUACUAGCUGAUACUAUCCAUUGAGGCAUAAAUUAGAACUUUGAUGUGUAAACAGUCCAGUUUUUAAGAAUUGAGGUGGUAUUUUCAAGAAAAGGCGGAAUUUGAUACAAAACUUUCCGUGAGAGGUAAAUGUGCUUUUAAAAUUCUGAGCUGCAAAAUAAGUUAGCUAAAGAUGGAGCAUGAUCUCUGUAUAUAGCACAUAUGAAUAAAAGAAAAUGAUAUAUUCUGGUUUUUAAAAAAUGACCUAUCAGAAAGUAGAAUUUAAUCCCCAAGAUUAUUUCAUUGUUCCCAAAUAUUGAAAAUGUUUCAAAAUUUGUUAAUGCUGUUUGAAACAAUUUCAGAAUGAUUUUCUUGUUAAAUGUGAUGCACUGAAAAAUUUGUUACAGCAUUUCCAUACACUCAUGGUGAAAUACUAGUCACUGCUUCCAUAAAUAUUGUUUACAGAGUGAGACUUGGUUUAGUCCUCUUAAGUGCUGUAGCAAACUGUGGUUCGAGCGACCUGUGGUAAACCUGUGAGAGGGAAUGGUGUGAGAGGAGGGUGGGGGUAGGGUGGUCAGACCGAUAAAAGAUCCUAGACCACUGUAAAGAAUGUGUAUCUGUAUAUAAAUAAUUUAUCAAAUAGUUUCCUCUUUGUGUCCAUAUGUGUUAGUGUUUUUAAAGCUGCUCAUUUCAUUUUAUCCAACCAAAAAGAAAAGGGAGAUAACUAAUGAGCUUCUAGUGAUGUUCAAUAUUGCUGUUAAUAGGCGUUAUACCCUGCAAGUUCACUGCAUGUCUGAUGCUUGGUAACAUUAGUAUUUCCUGUAUAAUACAGAUUAUUACAGGUAUUAAAGCAAUCUAGUGGUAUACCCGCCCCUUGGCCUUAGGAAGAGGAGCAGUGAAUGUGUAUAUAGUUGAUGUUCAGUAUUUCCAAGUACUACCAUUUUUAUAUAGUAAUUUCUUUGAUCAUAAGUCACACAUCAAAAAAGAUCACUCUUAAUGUACCUGAGUGUUUUAAUAUUAGAAAAUUGGCAUAUGUCCUUUAUUUUUGAAAAGGGAAAAGAUGGGUGUGGGGUGGCAAUAGCAUUGUGCCAUUUUGUCAUAGACUGUACAAAAUUGGUUAACUUUACAAAUGUCUCUGCUAGUUUUGACUAUUAAUUGGGGGAAAUUUUAGAUAAUUUUUAAAUUUAAAGUUAUUUAUAAAAUGCUAGAAUUUGUUUUAAUUUUUUGUACUUUAAUUCACUUCACAUGACGAAUCAGUUGCAGUUUUUAUUGAAUACAUUUUUGUCAACAGUUGAAGAGUAUAGUCAUUUUAUCAGAGUUUGGAUAAGAAUGUUGUUACCAUGUUUUCUGUGUGGUACAAUAUUCUCUUCAGUGCAGAAGUUAAAUAGACAAAAGGGGGGAAAAAAGCCCUUUAAAUGUAUAAUUGACAUGGAAAAUACUAGAACUAGUAGAUGCUUUAAAUAGCAAUGUAAAUGCUAACCAAACCAUUUCAUCCCAAUAGAGGACUCUAACUCAGAAAUGGUCAGGUGGUCAGGAGCCAGCUAUACAGCAGUGGACCUGAAUGUUCAAUUAUUUUGUAGGUCAUCCUAUGAAGGUGGACUUUUGGGAAUGGUUCUGAUCAGCCUAAUUGGAUACUUUUAGUAAACAGGAACUCAGUUCUCAGCUCUAAACAUGAAUUAUUUCUUUGGAGUUUUUUUUUUUUUUUCUAUUAUUUUUGUUUCCAGGGAUUUCUUUUAAGUAAUUAAUAAGUGUAAGACAGCAGCAUUAUACUUAAGCUAUGGAAUUUUUAUUUUGUAUUUUAUUUAUAACUGUGCCAAGUAUUAUUUUGCUACUUAUUGUGUUACUCUGUGGAAAGAAAAACCUGUAAAGUGUUUAAUUAAUUAGCUCUCCUUACAUAAAUUAAAUGUCAAAAUUUUGUAAAAUAUUAAUCAGAAUAAAUAUUGACUCUUAA